CGAUGUAAACAAACGAACCUGAUAUACUGACAACAUUUCACACCUGAAUUUGUAAGGCGUGGUCGAUUCCAACGCUACCAUGGGAUCAAACUCAUCGAAAAAAGCAAACAUCAUUCAAGUUUCUGAAGUUGGAGUAAAGGAGAGAAACUUAAACAACCAAGCAUCAGAUGACGAUCUAGAUAUCAUAGACGACGAUGCUGACGAUGCGGACGAUGGUGAUGAACUAAGUUUAAACAGUGAUAACACCAUUUAUUUGACCGGCCUUUUAGAAGACUAUUCGAAACUUGUAACGGAUGCAUCUUUACAAGAAAUCAAGAAGUUUAUGAAAGGUUAUGUAGGCUUUGCUAGACUAACCAUGCCUACAAUAUCGAGUAAAAUUAAAUCGGGUGAACUGAGAAUGCAGCGAUCUCCUGUGGCUUGGCAUUCUUCCCAAACUUCAUCUAUGCAUAUGCAAAGAGCUUCUCGGAUAUAUAGUUCCGGCCCCGGUUCGGCGCGUCGACGAAGGUCAAUUCCAAAGGUCAACUUAAACGUAAAUGAGACCAAUGAGCCAGCAACAACAGAGAGCAAUGUAAAAGAAGCAGAGGAAAAGGCACACAUAAAACGUGGGAAAAAAUCACCUGGAACACGACAAACUAAACUCCCACAAUGCAGUUUACCAUCCAAUAUGCAGCCGACUUUUUACAUCGGUGGGGGAAAUGGAGUAUCUUUGGUAGAAGGACCUCUGUUGGCUUUAGGCUGGAAACGGACCACAGAUAAAUAUGACGAGAAAUACCGUCUAAAAUGGGUAGAAUGUAAAACCCGCAUAAAUUAUGGUGGGUUCAAAGAAGGUGACCAGUUAGUCAACCAUAUCCCUAAUGGUCAGCUGUUGACCAACAAGCUAGGUUUACUAAACAGUUUACAGGAGUAUGAACGUGUUACAUUAUCAACUAAAGGGAGACCACCCAGAUUGAAAUUCAAUGAUUUCUUCCCAGAGACUUACAGACUUGAUGAGAAAAAUAAUAAAGAUAUAUUUCUGGAAGUUUAUCAAGAUGGAGAAAUGUGGAUCUGUAAGCCUACAGGUUUGAACCAAGGGAAAGGAAUCUUCAUUAUCAGAUCUCGUGAUGAAAUCAAUAAAACGUUGGAAGAGAGAGAACAACGAAAGGAACAGUUGUCACGAUCUACUAAACCCCUUAUGAGUAGGAUUGUUCAAAGGUAUAUUAUGAACCCAUUGUUACUAGCUGCUAGGAAGUUUGAUGUCAGAGCCUAUAUGUUGAUUGCAUCCACUGUACCAUUCUUAGUCUUGUAUCACAAGGGAUAUGUCCGACUUUGUUGUGCCAAAUAUGAUAAUGAUGACCAAAAUCUGAGCAUUCAUCUCACAAAUCAGUUUGUACAGAAGAAGGAUCCAAACUUUAAGGAUAUCAAAGAAGAUACAGUAUGGUCGAUGGAAAAGUUCAAUGAUUAUUUCAACGAGAAAAUAGCUUCAAAAUCUGGUGUGGAACCAGAUUGGGUUAAAAAUAUACUGACGAAACAAAUGCAGAAGAUUAUGAUUCAUUGUUUUAACAGUGUAAAACACAAAUUAAACCAGAGAAUUGGAUAUUUUGAUCUGUUUGGCUUGGAUUUUAUGGUGGACUCAGAUCUAAAGGUCUGGUUAAUUGAAAUUAAUGUGAAUCCAUCCUUAGCUGUUACAUGUGGUGCCCAGAAGGAGGUCGUACCAGGAGUUGUAGAGGAGUCUCUGUAUCUUGCAAUAGAAUGUUUUGAGAAAACAAAGAAAAACCAACCCUUACUGCCACUAAACACGUUGAAGAAUUUUUCUGUUUUGUAUUGUGGAACUAGAGCAAACACAAUUCCCCCUAGGGCAACAAGAAGUGUGUCCCCAGUAAAAGACGAAAGGUUAAAGGUCACUGCUUCAAGUGCUACCACUGCCACAUCUAAAACUAAUCGUCAUGCUAAUGAGAACAGUCGUUCCGGACAUAGAUUGUCUGUUAGUAGCACACCUCUAGCUUCCACUGGGGGUAAAAAAUCUGAGGACUCUUCAACCAAUGCUGCAUCAAAAUCUGGAGAAAAUUCUUCAAAGGGGAUGACCUCUGAACAGCCUCAGGCUGAGUCUGAAACAGUGCCAUUAAAAAUGACUCAUGUGUCGUCUGCUGAGGCGAUUGGUGCUAAAAAUGGGAGUGUAAAUCAAGUCAGUGAUUCAGAUGCAAGUAAAGAGCCAAAGAGUGUGUGGACUUUAGGAAGUGAUGGUGUUUUGACACUUCAAGCACCCAAACCUGUUAUUCAACCUGUAAAUACCACUCCAAAUCUGGAUCAAAUUAAAUCAAUAUUAGCACAAAUAGGUACAACAAGUACUGCAUCUACUACCACUGGGACCAGCACGUCUGCAGCUAAUGUUGCCCUGGAUAAACGUAACGUUAGUGUUUUGUCUCCUUUGAAUGAUAAAACUGCUGUGAAUGCAAGUAUUGCAAGCUCAAGUGAAACCGCUACAACUCCAAAAUCAGCAGAUACAUCGUCUGAAAAAUUAAAAAUGGCACCGCCAAGGUCAGAAUUUCCAUCUUUACUAGCUAAAGUUGACAAUGUAAAAUCAAGCACUGUGACCGUUGGACUAUCAACUCCAGCAAAAGUGGCAUCUGCUGUACCAUUGUCUUCUGGUGCUGGGGCAUCGUCUACCGCUAACUCCUCUAAUGCCCCUCGUUCUGUGCCAAUAACAACGUUUUCUAUGUCUAGUGUCGUCUCUGGUCACACCAGUGUCCAACACGAACGAGACCGAGCGGAAACAAUGGCAGCCUAUACCACUCUAGCUAAACUAAACAACUGCUCAAAUCUGCCGUCAAUUUCACACACCAAUUCUGUAGUGAAAUCUACAUCUAGCUCAGGAAAUCAGAAUGUAAGAUUGUCAAAUGUUUAUAAAACUACAACAAAUUAUGAUGCUCCGAGCUUAAAAUUCACAUCUGUGGGACAAAGUAAACAGUCCAACGAUUCCCAGAUAGAGGUCAUACCUCAUAGACAAAGUAAACAGUCUGGUGAGACACACGUAGAAGUCAUACCACAUAGGAAACACAAGGAUUUUUUUGACAGAGGCAGUUGAUACAAUGUUAAUGUCUGAUAGUUCUGAUAUUUAUAUGGCCAAUUUGUAAUCUUAGCCGUCAUUUCUUAGGUCAGUCAGACAUUGGUAAUUAAAUAUUAUCUGUGGUUUUGAAAGCAAGAGCGGGUUUCUCUGCCUCAGUCUCAUUGUAUGGCAAUAGUCGUGAGAUGAGAUGUAGUAGAGAAACUUCCUCUAGUUUGAAAGAUCAUAGAUAAUAAUUUUAUAGCUAUUUUUGAAAAAGCAAUAUAAAUGACAUUAGCUUAUUAAGUAAUCCAUUCUCCCUCCACUUGUCUAAGAAAACCCAUAGAUCUCGGUAGAGUGGCUUGAGAUGGCCUAUAAUCACACAGAAAGAUAAAAAAAAAAAAUUCAAGAAAAUAGCAGUCAAAAUAAAGAUAAAGAUUUCUUUUGUUUAAUGAAAAUUGACAUAUAAUUUGCAAAAGAUCACAAAACUCUUAAUUACGACUUGCAAAUGCUGAUAACUGUGGAUUCAUUAUUAUUCAUUGGAUACAAAUUUUUGUGGGUUUCGUGGGUAUAGGUGAACCACGAAUUUAAAUGUUCAACGAAUUACAAAUUUUCUAUAGCCCUUGAAUGCAGAGAUUGGCAAAACCACGAAAUCAAAUAUCCACGAAAAUGAAAUUUUCCUCAAUCCAUGAAAAUUGAUACCCGCGAAAAUAAAUGAAUCUGCAGUAAUUGAUUUAGAUCUUGAAAUGACUGCAAAAAAAGUUGUACUUUAAGCAGUCAUUUUUUAAGUCUGGCAUACAUUGAUAAAAGUUUGGAAAAAGAUCGUUAAUGUUUGACUCUCAACAUGUAAAGAAAUCAGAAAACUCAAGACUUGCAAGUAUCAAUAAACAUUCUUAAAUCCUCAAAAUCACUGGAGUCCUUUUUAUACUUUUUUUUCUUCAUUUUUACCUUUAUCAAUCAAAUGGUCUAUUGAACUUCAGUACAUAUUUUUUUAAAUAACUCUAGAUAGUGUUGAAUAUUUUCAUUCUGUGUCUAAAUUUUUCAAAUGAAUUGUAUCUGAAGAAGUGUUUUUGAAAAUGUUCAGACAGUUAUGGGCAGGACUUCAGGCAAGAUUUUAAUGCAAAGCAAAGGGUACUAGUCCUAGGUGUUACAAAAUAUUAAGGUAAAUGUUGAAAAAGCAAAACAAUAACAAUCGGAACCAUGAAAAGGAAAGCAGAACUUUUUCAUCAUAUAAAUAAUAAUACCUCAGUUUUUACCAAUUAUGUCUGCAUUUGCUACUAAUUUUAUAGUACAUGUAUAAAUAAAAAAUGGAGUUCAGUAGGAUAUGGAAAUAUUGUAUUGACAUAUCAGCAAUUAGUGUGAAAUGAUUUCUGUAGCAUUAGAGUUGUUUCAAAGGUUUAUUUAGAUGUUUUUAAAAGUGUCAUUUUUUCACUGUUUCCCUUCAUUGUACCACCACUAUUUCUGUUCAUUAAUGUAAAAUUGUAUUUAUUGUGGUUCCCACUUAAAUCCAUAACCUAACCACAGUAAAUAGGCAUUAAGAAUUCCAAUCUGCUUCCGUUCGUUUGUUCCAUAGCCUACAACAGUAAAUAGGCAUUAAGAAUUCCAAUCUGCUUCCGUUCGUUUGUUCCAUAGCCUACAACAGUAAAUAGGCAUUAAGAAUUCCAAUCUGCCUCCGUUUGUUUGUUCCAUAGCCUACUACAGUAAAUAGGCAUUAAGACUUUCAAUCUGCUUCCGUUUGUUUGUUCCAUAGCCUACCACAGUAAAUAGGCAUUAAGACUUUCAAUCUGCUUCCGUUCAUUUGUUCCAUAGCCUACCACAGUAAAUAGGCAAUAAGAAUUCAAAUCUGCUUCUGUUCAUUUGUUCCAUAGCCUACCACAGUAAAUAGGCAUUAAGAAUUCCAAUCUGCUUCCGUUCUUUGUUCCAUAGCCUACCACAGUAAAUAGGCAUUAAGAAUUCCAAUCUGCUUCUGUUCAUUUGUUUCAUAGCCUACCACAGUAAAUAGGCAUUAAGAAUUCCUAUCUGCCUCCAUUUGUUUGUUCCAUAGCCUACCACAGUAAAUAGGCAUUAAGAAUUCCUAUCUGCUUCCGUUCGUUUGUUCCAUAUCAGGUUAAAAAAUUUUAGUCAAAGUAGUUUACCAUUUUACCAUGACAUUAUGGUCACGCGAGCUUAACACUUACUAGACAUGUUCAUUAUGAUUAGAAGUUUUUUAAAAUGUAUGGAAAAUACAGAUUUCUACCCAGAUUUCACAGUUCAUAAAACAUGAAAAUAUGAUUGUGCGAGUUGGGCUCAAUGUGUCCUAUGGAAACCUGACAUAUUCUUGCUUAAAAAGUGAAAUGAUCAAUAUAAGAAAUCUCAAAUAUUCAACAGAAAACAUGUUGUUUUUAUUUUAAAUUGAAUCAAAAAUAAAAAAACAGAAAAUAUAUAUUAAUUUUUUAAUAUGUGGAUACAUUUAUUAGUUUUGAAAUAAGAAAAUCACUAAAUGAAAUUACUUUUUUUUCUAAUCUCAAGUUUUAUGUUCAAAUAAUAUUCCAAUGCAUAGAUUUGUAAGGAAUUCACAAAAUAUGCUUUUUACAGAAAUAAGCAAGGUAUAUUUAUUUAGUUUCUACACGUUAAAAUUAUUUUAGCUUUUGUAAUUUCUAGUCUAUGUUUUAUGGGAGAUAGAAUAUAAAGUUUUAACACCUAAGUUAUAGUAUAGAAAGUAGAAAAAACACUCUAGUUUUAGGUUUGUAAUUAGUUGAAAAAUAUGGAUGUUUAGAUUACCUAUUAUAAUCAAAAAUUUAUCGACGAUUGAAUAUUUUUCCAUUUAUCAAUUAUAAUUUGCAAUAAUCCAUAAAUGUUAGAAGUAUUUAUAAAAUGGAAAUCCUUAGACACCCACCCUUUAAGGAAAGCUUAAAAAUCCCAAUAAAAUACCCAUUUUGUACAUACAUACACUUCUUUGGUGUACAGGCAUCUACAUGUUUAUGGAAAUACAUAAUAAAAUGUUUUAUAUAAUAUUUUAAGUUUUUUCAUGAUUAAAAUAUUUUACUUGUUUAAAAAGGGAGGCAACUCCAAUGAUUAAAGUAGUAAGAAAAUUAGAUAAGUCAUCUCUUUUUUGUAUCAUCCCCCCUUCCCCAAAUAAAAAUCAAUAAACCUACCUCCACAAUUAUCAGAUCAAAAUUCUUUCACUGAGGUUUCUUUGUUUUUGCAAAGUGAUUUCCCACCCUCUACUUGAUACUAAGAAAGUAAUAGAAUUUAGCAAAACUUCUAGCUUAAAAUAAAGUUAUUUUCAUGACUUUUUUGACAGCAUGGCCAAAUAACAUGAUUUACUUUGCCCAAUUAUUUUUAAUAGCCAUCUCUUUAUUAUUCUUUAUUUUCAUAUAUAUAUAUGUAAUAGAUUGCUUAUUACUUUUAUUUUAUAUGUAAGUAUAAAUUAAUCUGAACAUUGUUUCCAUUUGCUGCUACUGUGAAUUUCAAUGGUGUGUACACAUGGGUCAUUUCACUAGGUGUAAUAACAUAAUAUUUAACUUGUCUUUCUGUAUUAUUUAGCCAAAUACAAACUGUGAUAUAUAUUACAUGUGAUUGUAGAUGUUUACUUGUUUGAUGUUUGUCAUAUUGACUGUAGAAUUAUGGGAUAUAUUAUUAGGUAUCUGUCAUAUUGACUCUGGACACCUGGGAUAUAUUAUUAGGUGUCUGUGAUAUUGACUGUGGACACCUGGGAUAUAUUAUUAGGUGUCUGCCAUAUUGACUGUGGACACCUGGGAUAUUCUGACUGUGAUAUAUAAUGUGUGGCUGUAGAAGAUACGUGUUUGUUAAUGUUGUUUACUUUAUAAUUUGUAUUUCAGUACAAUAAAUUGUUAAAGCAAUUAU